AUGAUGCCAGCGGCGCACGUCUACGGACACCACCAAUUCAACCCUCAGGGAGGAGACUCGGCUUGGAUGCACCAGCAGCCUGGCGCGCAUCAUGCCCAUACUCAACAACAGCAACAGCAAGUAGCCGCUGCAGCCGCCGCCGCCGUUCAGCAGCAGCAGCAGCAGCACUUUAACCGUCUUGCUGGCGCAGGUCAACUCCCCGGCCACGGUCAGGAUGCCGAUCACAGCAAUGUCUCGGAGGACAACCGGCGUACCAUGGCCUUCAUAGCCGAUCUUCUCAGCGAGAACACUCGGGAGGCUGCUUUGUUGGAACUUAGUAAAAAGCGCGAGCAGGUCCCCGAGUUGGCUCUCAUAUUGUGGCAUUCAUUCGGCGUCAUGACCUCUCUCCUCCAAGAGAUCAUUUCAGUUUAUACUCUUCUUAACCCAUCCCAGCUUACUGCAGCUGCCUCAAACAGAGUGUGCAAUGCCCUUGCCCUCCUCCAAUGCGUAGCUUCUCACAAUGACACAAGGACCCUGUUCCUCAACGCACACAUUCCUCUGUUCCUCUACCCCUUUCUCAACACCACUUCCAAAUCUCGGCCUUUCGAGUACCUCAGGCUCACGAGCCUGGGUGUCAUCGGUGCGCUCGUCAAGAACGAUUCCUCUGAAGUCAUUAACUUCCUCUUGACCACAGAGAUCAUCCCUCUCUGCUUGCGCAUCAUGGAGACAGGUUCGGAACUUAGCAAGACCGUAGCCAUCUUCAUCGUUCAGAAGAUACUUUUGGACGACAACGGCCUUAACUACAUCUGUGCUACAUACGAGCGUUUCUAUGCUGUUGGUACAGUCCUCAGCAACAUGGUUGCUCAACUUGUCGAAUCACAGACCGCUCGUCUCCUCAAGCACGUCGUCAGGUGCUUCCUUCGGUUGAGUGACAACGCUCGCGCUCGUGAGGCUCUGCGUCAGUGCCUUCCUGAGCCACUCCGUGAUGCUACCUUCUCGUCCGUUCUCCGUGAUGACGCAGCGACCAAGAGAUGCCUUGCCCAGCUGCUUAUCAACUUAUCAGACAACGUCGCGGAUCCUAACUCUGGCGGUGUGUCUGGCAUGUAA